AACCGGGGCGUCUUCAUUCAUUCUCAGAAGUGACAGUUGGACGUUGAGCUGCCGCGAAGCUGCCUCUAGGAUUGAUCAAAUAACUUUAAUAAUCAGGUUGGACGAUGCUACGUGUCAGGUGUCUCAGAGGAGGUAGCAGGGGCGCUGAGGCAGCCCACCUGAUCGGAGCUAUGCUUGGACGAGCUGUGACUGGUUGGAUGCAGGGUGCGUUCCAGAGCACCUCAAGUUCAGCUGCACAGCCACACAUGGUGGUGGAAGACGAGGUUGUUACUGAGGCUGUGCAGCAUGAGUGUCCUGUCUGUGCCUACAAUGAAUGGGACCCACUUGAGGAGGUCAUCGUAGGUCGUGCUGAAAACGCCCGUGUGCCCCCCUUCACCGUUGAGGUUAAGGCUAACACAUACGAGAAGCAUUGGCCCUUCUACCAGAAGUAUGGGGGCCAAACCUUUCCUGAGGACCACUUGAAGAAAGCUGUUGCUGAAAUUGAGGAAAUGUGCAAUAUUCUUCGUCUUGAAGGAGUUACAGUUCAGAGGCCAGAACCCCUUGACUGGUCAUUCGAAUAUAAAACUCCAGACUUUACAUCAACAGGCAUGUAUGCUGCCAUGCCCAGGGACAUCCUCAUGGUUGUAGGCAAUGAGAUUAUUGAAGCUCCCAUGGCAUGGAGAGCACGCUUCUUCGAGUACCGGGCCUACAGGCCUCUGAUCAAGGAGUAUUUCAAAAAGGGAGCUAAGUGGACCACUGCUCCCAAACCCACCAUGGCUGACGACCUCUAUGAUCAGGACUACCCUAUCCGAACGGUGGAGGACAGACACAAGCUGGCCGCCCAGGGGAAGUUUGUGACCACUGAGCAUGAGCCUUGUUUCGAUGCUGCUGAUUUCAUCCGAGCUGGCCGGGAUCUGUUCGUCCAGAGGAGCCAGGUUACAAACUACAUGGGAAUCGAGUGGAUGCGUCGCCAUCUUGCCCCAGACUACAAUGUCCACAUCAUCUCGUUCAAGGACCCCAACCCCAUGCACAUCGAUGCCACCUUCAACAUCAUUGGGCCAGGGCUGGUUCUGUCCAACCCAGACCGACCCUGUCGCCAGGUCGAUAUGUUCAAGAAGGCUGGCUGGACCGUUGUGAAACCACCAACCCCUCUGAUUCCUGAUGAUCAUCCUCUUUGGAUGUCCUCCAAGUGGCUUUCUAUGAAUGUCUUAAUGCUGGGGGAGAAACGGGUCAUGGUGGAUGCCAAUGAACACACCAUUCAAAAAAUGUUUGAGAACCUUGGCAUAAAAACCAUCAAAGUGAACAUUCGUCAUGCCAACUCCCUGGGCGGUGGUUUCCACUGCUGGACAACCGACGUGCGUCGCCGUGGUACCCUGCAGUCCUAUUUUCACUAGCCUUGCCAGAAACAGGCAGUUUUUAUUGAGCUUGUAAGGUUGAAUCUAACCGACAAUACUCUAUACAGUUGGGUUCUCCCAUAAUUAUCUUUGUAUGUUGAUUUAACAAUGCUGUGCGUGACAGUGCCUUGGCAAAAAGCUUUGUUGAAAUAUUUUAAUGAAAAUUAACAACAGAAAAUAUUUAUCAGUCGUCUCAAUAAUUACUGCAUUUCUGGCUUGGCUAUUGUGAAUGAGUGAGCCAUCCAUAAUGGCUGGUGUAACACCUAAUGGUCAUUGUGUAAAUGGCAGGGUGCAUGUCUGGUAUGGAGAUGUCAUCGGGCUGGAAUUAAGAAAGAGGAGAUGUUUGUGAUACAAGCACGCUACCUCCCCCUGAAACCUCAGACAAUUACAUUUUAUUCUCUGUAUUUUCAAUUGAUGUUGCCAUGAUAUUUAAAGUUUUUUUUUCUAAAAUAUGUGUCAAAGUUGUUAUAGUUGGUCAUUGAACAUUUAUUCAUUUAUUUUUUUCUCAGGUAUUCUAUUUUGUAUAGAAGAUAAUUAAACAAAACAAUUUUUUAUUUAUAUAUUUUCUUACACUAUUAUUACUAUUGGGCUGAUAUACUUUUCAUGUUUCCCAUUAAUACGCAUUUUAUAUCCUAUAAUACAGUAUGAGGUCCAUAUCAGAUAUUGUAUACCUUUUGCCUCUGCUAUGUUCUACAAUAGCAAUUCUGAGCCAGUUGUAUGCUAAUCCUUAGUGAACCGCUUUGCUGCUUCUGUGUUUGCAUGGUGAAAAACGUUUCAUGGGUUUCACAAUGUUUCUUCUACCAUCCUAUUUUAAAUAAAGAAAUCGAUUGAUCCGCAGCAUAAAACA